UGCCGAACUAGUUCAAUGAACCACUACUGAUAUCAGCCUACCGACGAAAAUAAUGAAAUUUUCACGUCAUCCACGCUGUCUGACAUAGAAUAUUGCAACAUUCAAAGUGCUUGCCGUCCACCGUCAAUUGGCUUUUCCUUGCUUAUUACGUCGAUUGCCUACGACAAUUUUGUUUGAAAAUUUCACAAAUAUUCCCCCAAGACUGAAACUUUCAAUUGCAACUACAAGUAGGUCCCAAAAGGGGCCGCAGUAUUUUCAGCCAAGGCACCCUCUUCUGCUUGGUCAGUUUUAUAACAUUAACCUUGCUGCGUGGACCCAUCCAAGCACAACAGAGUCAUCUGAAGAACUCACAACUAAAUCAAUUUCAGAAGAGAAGCAUAAAGUAGAAAGUAAAGCGGCGGAGAUGACCCUACCAAGUGCCGCUCGCGUUUACACAGACGUGAACGCCCACAAGCCAGAUGAAUAUUGGGACUACGAGAAUUAUGUUGUCGACUGGGGAAACCAAGACGAUUAUCAAUUAGUGCGCAAGUUGGGGCGAGGCAAGUACUCUGAAGUGUUCGAGGCUAUCAACAUAACAACAACUGAGAAAUGUGUUGUGAAAAUAUUGAAGCCUGUUAAAAAAAAGAAGAUAAAGCGCGAAAUUAAGAUAUUAGAAAACUUGCGUGGGGGAACCAACAUUAUCACGCUUCUAGCCGUUGUCAAAGAUCCAGUGUCCCGCACCCCAGCACUGAUUUUUGAGCAUGUGAAUAAUACCGAUUUUAAACAACUGUACCAAACAUUAACGGACUAUGAGAUUCGCUAUUAUUUGUUCGAGCUACUUAAAGCACUCGAUUAUUGCCACAGUAUGGGCAUAAUGCAUCGCGAUGUGAAGCCACACAACGUAAUGAUAGAUCAUGAAAAUCGAAAGCUGCGACUUAUUGAUUGGGGUCUUGCUGAAUUUUAUCACCCGGGUCAAGAGUACAAUGUAAGAGUGGCUUCCCGCUACUUUAAAGGUCCCGAACUACUUGUCGAUUAUCAAAUGUACGAUUAUUCACUGGACAUGUGGUCGUUGGGAUGCAUGCUUGCAUCUAUGAUUUUUCGCAAGGAGCCAUUCUUCCAUGGUCACGAUAAUUACGAUCAACUUGUGCGAAUUGCUAAGGUGCUGGGCACUGAAGAACUAUACGCGUAUCUGGAUAAAUACAACAUCGAUCUGGAUCCGCGAUUUCACGAUAUUUUACAACGUCAUUCCCGUAAGCGUUGGGAACGAUUUGUUCAUUCUGAUAACCAACAUCUGGUUUCGCCAGAAGCAUUAGACUUUCUUGAUAAACUAUUGCGUUAUGAUCACGUUGACCGUCUUACAGCUCGUGAGGCAAUGGCGCAUCCAUAUUUUUUGCCUAUUGUUAACGGUCAGGUAAAUCCCAACAGCCAGCAAUAGACAUGGAUUUACAAUGUAGAGUAUAUAAACUUGUAUCGCAACAGCACGGUAGAAGUUACAAAGACCUCUUAGAGCACUUUGAAAGGAGAAAGCAUUAAGUGCUAAUGCUGAAAAGAUUAAUUAAGAACAAAUUCAAUAAAAUGCAUCGGCUCACAAUUCAGAA